AUGGCACUGGAAGUGCUUGAGGCGCUUGAUUCAGCGCGGACGCAAUGGUACCACGUGACGGCCAUAGUGAUAGCAGGCAUGGGGUUCUUCACCGAUGCCUACGACCUUUUCUGCAUCUCCACGGUUUCCAAACUUCUGGGGCGCUUGUACUACUUCGACCCUAGCAACCUCAAGCCGUCCAAACUCCCAACCUCCGUCAACAACUUCGUCAUUGGCGUAGCCCUCAUCGGAACCCUAGCCGGCCAGUUAGUCUUUGGCUGGCUCGGCGACAAACUAGGGCGCAAAAAGGUCUACGGAAUCACCCUCAUCCUCAUGGUCCUCUGCGCCAUUGGUUCCGGUCUCUCCUUCGGUUCGACCGCGAAAUCCGUCAUGGGAACGCUCUGCUUCUUCCGCUUCUGGCUCGGCUUCGGCAUCGGCGGUGACUACCCCCUCUCUGCCACCAUCAUGUCGGAGUACGCCAACAAGAGGACACGUGGCGCUUUUAUAGCUGCCGUGUUCGCCAUGCAGGGCGUGGGAAUCAUCUUCGCGGGGCUUGUCUCCAUGACACUCUCAGGGAUUUUCAACUCCUAUUACCCAGCUGAUUCGUACAAAACAAACCGCGUCUUGUCCACGCAACCACAGGGUGAUCUUCUAUGGCGGUUGGUUCUCAUGAUCGGUGCCAUUCCGGCGAUGUUGACUUACUACUGGCGAAUGAAAAUGCCGGAAACGGGGCGUUACACGGCCAUCAUAGAAGGUAACGCAAAACAAGCUGCGGCGGAUAUGGCGAAAGUUUUGGACAUUGAAAUCCAAGCGGAGCAGGAUAAGCUGGCUGAGUUCAACGCAGCUAAUAACUACCCUUUAAUGUCGAACGAGUUCUUUCAGCGUCACGGGCGUCAUUUGAUCGGAACCAUGACCUCGUGGUUUCUACUUGACAUCGCGUUUUACAGCCAGAAUCUGACGCAGAAAGAUAUCUUCCCUGCGAUUGGACUCAUAGAUAAAGAGGCCGACAUGAACGCCAUCGACGAAGUGUUCCAGACGUCACGUGCCAUGUUCGUUAUCGCUCUGCUCGGGACCUUCCCCGGUUACUGGUUCACCGUUUUCUUUAUCGAGAGGCUGGGGCGCUACAAGAUCCAACUCGUGGGCUUCUUCAUGAUGUCGUUCUUCAUGUUUGUUAUCGGUCUGAAGUACGAUUAUCUCAAGAGCGAAGGCAAGGGCCUCUUCGCUCUUCUCUACGGGUUGACGUUCUUCUUCGCGAACUUCGGACCCAACAGCACCACGUUUGUGCUUCCCGCGGAGCUGUUUCCGACGCGCGUGAGAAGCACGUGCCACGCGUUAAGCGCGGCGGCCGGGAAGGCUGGGGCUCUGGUGGGAGCGUUCGGGAUACAGAGCUUGACGGUGGGUGGUGAAACGUACAAGAUUAAGAAGGCGAUGAUUAUUCUGGCUGUGACUAACAUGUUAGGGUUCUUCUGCUCGUUCUUGGUUACUGAGACUAAGGGAAGAUCGUUGGAGGAGAUAUCUGGGGAGGACGGGAGAGAGAGUGAACUCACGCCAACGCCCAAUGACAGGGUUAAGGGAUCAAGGACCGAGACCAUGUGA